AUGCAAACUAUGUGCAACAUUAUUGGUCCAAAAACUCCAUUUGACUCCAGACAAAGACCAUAUAAAAAUUAUCAGUUAUCAGGAGAUAGGAGAUAUCACUCGCAUUUCAUUUUCUUGGUAGGUUUACUCUCUUCAGAAGAUGGCAAUCGAGCACAUAAAUUUGAAACUAAUUCAAAGCAAAUUCAAACAAUCCGUGGACGAAAUCGUAUUUCAAGAUAUGUUGCUCGAGGAAUACCUAUCGCUCUAUGUGAUUUAAAAGGAACACCAUUUUCAGUUCUUUAA